AUGGUGAGUGAAAUUCAGAACUCCGAACUGGUGGAUCCGCUUCAUGGUCACUCUGGUCUCUCUCUGUUCCCUCGUACAAUUAGGGCUUCCACAGAUCCCUCAAACCCUAGGGACCCCGACGACCUACAAUCAAUUCACGAUUUCAUGAAAUCAAUGGGGUUAAGAAAUCCUCAAAAGCUUUUAGAGAAGGCAAAGGCAGUCAUCAGUGGUGGUUCAGAAGUUUUGAACUCCAGCUUUGUAGCAGUUAUGGACAAUAAUGGCACUUUUGCAGCCAAGGGCAAGGAAAACCCUCAAGAACGAAGGCCUGGGUCGGGCCGAAAGAGGGCUCGGUUUUCUUUGAAGCCUGGUACAAGUAAGCCUAUCAUGAGUUUGGAAGCAUCUUUGGAGAUUGAUCAUCUCCAAAACCCGGAGGAAUUUUUAUCUGCUUACGAAAAGCUUGAAAAUGCCAGAAAAGAAAUACAAAGACAGACGGGUGGCAAUACGACUUAUCUAAAUGAGUACAAUUCAUCCAUGAAUGCGCGACGUCGUCGACCAGGAAUGUUGGGGAAGUCAGUUAGUUAUAAGCACUGCUAUUCAUCUGUUCUGUCUGAAAAUAACAACACUUUUACAUCCUGUCAAGACAUAUUGGAACAAGAAGUUCUCAGUCCACCUAAUCCUGAUUUACGAGAAGAGACAGCUGAUAUGGAUGUUGAAACCCAGGAAAUAGAAUUAGCAGGAUCAAUAGCUAAGACCGAGAGCCGAGUGAACGAGCUUUUGCAUGAAUUAUUAUCCAGUAAUAAUGAAGAUUUAGAGGGGAAUAGGGCUUUUUCUCUUUUGCUGGAGCGGUUGCAGAUCAAACCUCUUGAUCUAGGAAAAUUAUGCCUCCCUGACUUUUCUGAUACUGGAAAGACUGAUUUUGCAGCUUUUCAAGAGAAGUUGCCAAGACGCCACAACUCUUUGUCGGAUGUGCAUAAUUUGGUGAAAGGUAUACGGGAAAAAACACCUGCAAAACAUAAACAAGUAGCAGAAAGCUCCAUGCAUUCUCUAGAAUCACCCGCCCCACCAAGAAGUCCAUUUGCUUCAAUACUUUUGUUGAAAAAACAGAUUUCGCAGUUAAAUCCAUUGCGCGAUCCAUUCUCACCUCUUAAUGUGGAUCUAUCAGCCAUCAGAUAUCAUUCUUCUGUAGAACACAUUGAAAAGCAAUCUGAACAGAUUGUUAUUCGGGAGAAAUCUCGCACUUCUAGCAAGUUGAAGUCACUAGAAGGAGAUGAAACUACAAAAACUAUGGUUGCUAAUACAGGCUUACAAAAGGUGAUAACAGGAGGUUCAGUUCAUCUACCUGACGAAUCUUUGAAUGACACCUCGAGCAGACAAUGUGGUGGUAUUUCUUUCAGUCCAAUUGGAUCUCAUGGUGACUUGGAGGAUCGUGGUGGGUGCCAAAAUAUGGGUGAUUGGACUAUGGAUACAAGUGCAAGUAGGCCUAAUACUGACACUGAUGUUCUGCUAAAUGGGCCCAAUGACAUGGAGGAGAAUGUGACGUUCUUCACACAUUUUAUGCACUAA